UGAGCUCGCACUCCUCCCCGUGACGUGCGCGGCGGGGGAGCGCAGAAGUGCGCACGUUUCGGCCGGGAUCUCCGCUGUCACCGCCGCACCUGGAGGAGCGCCCUGCAAGCGCCCCCCUGCCCUCCGGUGAAAUGUCCUCCGAUUUACACCCCAAUAUCAGCAACCGACUUGAUCUCCAAGAACGGGAAAAUAGUACAAGGGAUCACGCGUACAACGCCUUACAAGACCAGGAGGAGGACAGGAGUAAAGCCGGCGCCUCCCGUCAUGGGUCGGAUGACUGUCAGAGGCUGGGCACCUUGUUUGGGGAGCUCAACAAAUGUCUUCGCAGCCUGGGCUUCUCACAGGUGGUUUUCGGGGAGAAGACUGUGGACCCGGUGGUGAUAAUAUUUUUCUGGCUCAUGCUCGGGUUCCUCGGACUGCAGGCUCUUGGGUUGGUGGGUGUCCUGUGCCUCGUCAUCAUCUUCAUCCAGAAGUAGACGCAAAAAUGAUUUUUUUUUGCCUCUAUUCUCCGACUGGUAUUUCACCGAUAGAAAACACGGAUGAAUCUCUUAUUGGACCCUUAAUUAGAUUGAUUACUGAAUGUUAAGGGUUGUUUUGGAGGGAGGAGAUUCAAGUCAUUUUUAAACCCGAUAAAGGUGUAUUGUUUUAAAAUGUAUACAGUUGAAUCAAGGGUUGAUGUAAUUGUUCAGGUAUGACUCCACUCUCCCAUCCAAAUAUGUACGCAGUACAGGGUGACGAGUAUAAUCGGGCAUAGCAACACCCUGGAUAGGAUGUCAGUCCAUCGCAGGCCACACACGCGCACAGUGGGCGACAUGGAGAUGCCAGUCAGCCAACUGCAUGUCUGUGAUACGGAGAGCAGGAUUUAAUCCCAACCCCCAUUCAGGUGUUGCGUGGAAAUCAUUCUACCCAAUGAGCACCUUUCGUUGGGGGGGGGUGACUUGGGGCACCCCCUCUCUUCAUCAUCAACACAAAUGAAACUUAGUAGCUGACGGACAGGAGAGGUGUUCUGUUAUGGGUGUGGGGGGUCUGCUGUUCGGCUGCGUUAAACGUGUUAUUUGUGGCGGACCACACCCUUGAAACUGCCGAAUUUAAACAGUUUGUUUUUGGUCUUCAGCGUAAUGAAGUGCAUGGAAAGUGGAGGCAGGCUACACAAACUGUAAAAACCCAGGAACUAGUCCCUUAUAUCUCUGCUUAAGAUGACUUUUAUUUUAUUCAUUUUCUUCUCUGUUGUUUUUGACCACCAGUCGACGUUUCGCGUUCUUUAAUGUGAAUGUAGUCUAUCUAAAUGAAAUGAAAGAAUGUACUUAAUCCUAAAAAGUGUAUAUUUAAUUUUUAGAACAAUGUCUUGGUUAUUACCAUGUACAUAUAGCCAUAACUUUUUACACAGAAUCACCCCUUGGUAUAUGACAUGUAAGGUUUUCACAUUAGCUUCCUGAAAAAUGUGUUUGUCCUACACCAAACAAAUGUUUAUUAAUGAAAAUGUGACGGACUGUUACAGUUACACAGGCACAAAUGCUACCAUGCUGAAAUUCCAUGUGCCUUUGCGUGUUGGGGGUGGUUAUUUACCACAUUUGCGUUUUAGAGCACAGCAGACUUUGAGUUAAUGGAGAUGGCAAUCUAAGCAUAUUGUGCCUGGUUUUUAAAUAAUAAAUGAUGUUUCCACUAAGUAUAGUAGAUUUGCUUCGCAUGACUGACUGAUCGCACACACAGAAAUGAGGCCAGACACAAAGUCCAGCCACAAUAUAAACCAUGACAUAGUUUUCAUAUUUUUUUUAUUUCCAAUAGGCUCUAUCCAGCACACUGCUUUGUCAAACACGAAGCACGAGGGACAGUCGCAUUGCCUCUCAGCAGAUAGCAUUAGGCAGCGUGAAACCUUGGGAAUUACGGGCCUUUGGGAAGAUACAGGACUCAUGGAAGGGUGUUUACUGAAAUGAACACAAGCCCAUCUGCACUGUCUGAGGAAACUGCCGCGUCCUGCAGCUCCCAUAUUCACUCUUAUUUGAGAAACGGUGCAUUUGCAGGCUGGAGUUACAUUAGUAACUAUUUUCUUCCUUUACGUUAAUAUUUUUAUCCGUGGUGGGUGCAUAUUUUGUAUGUCAUCUACUGUGCUGUUGUUUUUGUCAGUCUUUUUUGCAGCAAAGUCCUUGUGUGCCACAUAUAAUAAAAUUUUCAAAUCCUGAA